GAAUGCAACAGGACCACAGCAGUCUGCCACACAACGCCGCAUAAUGGCCUUCCGAAAACGCAAUGUAGCGCUUGCACGCUCCCCAGCUGAAAGCCCCGCUGCCGAAGCCCCCUCAUCGCCCGCCUUCCACCCUGCCCCCGCCGCUCCCACGCCUGGCACGCGCCCCUCGCCCAUAGAUGGCCGCCCCACCACCUCGACCGGCACGCCCUCUCUCGACUCUAUUCUCGCCGGGCACGCCGGCCUGCCGCUGGGGAGCAGUAUCCUGAUCGGCGAGUCAGGUACGACAGACUAUGCGGGCGCACUGCUGCGCUUCUACGCGGCGGAGGGCGUGGUGCAGGGACACCGGGUGCACGUGGUGGGCAUGGGAGAGGUCUGGGGCCGCGAGCUGCCGGGGAUAGCGGAGGAGAAGGACAAGCGGCGGGAGGGCAAGGAGCGUGCGGAGAAGAUGAAGAUUGCGUGGCGGUACGAAGGCCUGGGGGCACAUGGGAGCUCGCGCGAGAGAGGUUCUCCGGCUCCGAGCACAGGUGAUGCCGCCGGCGAGGCGGCCGUGUUCUGUCACACGUUCGAUCUUGCUAGGAGGCUUACCCUUCCUGUGGGCUCGGCGAUUGAUUACAUUCCCAUACCGCGAACGACUGGCUCGCCGUUUGCUGAGAUCUUGAAGAAUCUGCAGAAGCAGAUAGCCAAGUCGCCGCCGGGCUCGAUACAUCGACUCGUCAUACCGUCGCUCCUGUCACCUGCACUCUACCCUCCGGGUGCUUCACAUCCGUCCGCGGUUCUUCCCUUCCUCCACGGCCUCCGCGCCCUGCUCCGCAAAUAUCCCACGGGCCUCACAGCGGUCAUAACACUUCCUUUGACGCUCUACCCACGGUCGUCAGGCGUCGUCCGCUGGAUGGAAAUCCUGUCCGACGGCGUCUUCGAGCUCUCACCAUUCCCAUACUCGCACCUGGAGUCGCUUGCUACCUCAGCGGGUACGACGAAGGAUGAAGAGCGGCCUCAGGGCAUGUUUGCGGCACAUAAGCUGCCGGUGUUCCAUGAGAGGGGUGGGGGAGGCAGCACCGAAGGACUGGGUGAAGAUCUGGCAUUCACUUUGUCGAGGCGAAAGUUUGUCGUCGCAAAGUUCAGUCUGCCGCCGCUGGAGGGCGACACAGAGGCCCAGGAAGCGGCUGUGAGGGAGGCGGCCGGGAAUGCGAUGCCACGGAAACAGGACCUUGAAUUCUAGGGUGGUGUUUGGCGUAGGGUUUGCGGACUUGUCGCGUGUGCCGGUGUAAUAGACCUAUUCGACAUGCAUGAUGAACAUUUCAGCGUUCCACAACUCUCCAGCUCUUGUUUUGGCUCUUCGAAUGUUUUCCAGUCGUGUAUGAACGAUUACAUCU